AUCAGGAACUGCAACAACUGCCGACCAAAACACGCUGACCACAGUACAUCCAUCUAUACCCAUCUGUGCGCUGCCGAGUUUUCUGUUACUGCACUAUCUGUGUAGGACCCUGCGGGACCUAGUCUGAUUUGCCUAGAGGCCAAUUCACCUCCUCGCGUCCCACGACCGAACGUGUCAGUCGCGCAACUGGGCUGGCUCACAGGAGCUGUGUUCCCCCAGGCCCCCACAACCAUGUCUUUCCGCUGGUCAGAACUGGGCUCCUCGCCUGCCAGCUCGCCCGCCACGCCAGAUAGGAUCUCCAAGAAGGCGACCUUCGGUUUUAGUGUGGACCAUCCCUCGACCACCCCUGCUGGGCCACCACCUCCCUCUGCAUCGUCCGCUGGUACUUUCACUCCCAUGGGAGACCCCUCGCCCUCCUUCCUUCAAAGUCCUGUCGGUGGCAUGAGCAACAAGCCGAAAGCGCCCAACUUUGGCAAACCGAGCAUAAGAGGCUCCAAGUCCGGUUCCAAAGGAGGCAGCGCGCCACUCGGCAGGUCCAUUCGGGGCUCUGCUAGACAGCCUUCAAGACUCAGUAGAGAGUAUCACGGCGAAGACGACGAUAACGACGGUGAUGACGGCGAGGGAGACGACCAAGACGAUCAAGACAACACUCGUAACGCCCCCACAACCCGUUCGGGAACAUUUGCGAUGAGCUUUGACGACACCACUGAAGGCGAGGACAACACCGACCCCCUAGAUGAUGACGAGCGUGACUAUGACAACGAUAGUCAACAGGGUGUCGAUGAGGAAGAUGAGGAUGGAUACGGAGUAGAAGAUGAGGUUGAGGCCAUGGUGGAGGAUGCUGUUGCAUAUGAUGUCGAAGAGGAUCUGCUGAAAGAGAUUGCUGGGGCAAGCUCGUAUCAGGGUCCUCUUGAAGACGCAGAUGGAGAUACUGAUCUCAUGAUGUUUGCAACACCAGCUGCGGACGAACGUAUUCGGAGAGAAGCUGAUGAUAUAUACCGCGCCUCGGCUAUGCGCUCAACUAUGGCGCGCAAGAGAGAGGUCAAGUAUGCUGUACUUGCGAAAGAUCUAUACAGCCACGUGAAUUUUGCAACCACCUUGGAGCCAGACAACGUUCUUCUGCAAACAGAAGACAUUGUGAAUAGACUCUAUGAUGAAGGUGUAGGCACCGAAGACGACGAGGAGAAGCUUGAUAAUACCCUGUCACAAGCCUGUCUAAGACUCGUUAAUGACGUAUGGACACCUUAUAUGGAAAGCCUGCCUAAAGUCCGCGAUGAGCACUCGGCCAAAGUUGGGCCCAGUUCAAGUGCUCCUACCUUUGAGAAAGCUAUGUACCUGUCUAGCCUGAUCUUUCGCAUACACCACACGCCCCCAGUUCAGGAUGAAUUUGGCGGCUCCAGAGUUCCGCUUCUUCCCGAGAUACUUUUCAAAUGGCAAGAAGAUGAGCACAAUUUAGAUGGUCAUCAAACCGAAAUCAUUCUUCGACAUCGUCCAUCCCCGGCUGCUCAUGGGCUGUUCUGGCAAGCUGUCUUCAACACCCUUGUACGUGGCAAUAUUGCUGCCACAGUUCGUCUAUUGAGAAACGCUACUUGGGAAUCAGUUAAGAAGACUCCUCGUGGUGAAUCAGCAUACGUCGGCCAGGCCCUGGCAAAUAUCAGACGGGCCGUCGAGGAUCUUUGCCAAAUCAUGGAGGGAUGCCCGUCAAUUAUCAAUGAUAGCUGGGACAUCCGCAGUAGUGACUGGACAUUAUUUCGUUUGAAAGCCAAGGCGGGACAGGAAGCCCUGAUCAACUUCGCAGAAGGCAAAGAUCGAUCCAAUUUCGCUUCUAGCCGUUUCAAUAACUCCCAUAUCUCCAAUUCACCAGGAGGUAAGCCUUCUCUCGCAGGGCUCGCACGAAAAGCCGAGAGUCUAAUUCCUUGGGACGUCUACGAGAAUCUACAAUCUUUAUAUGCCAUCCUCACAGGCGAGCCUGAAGCUAUUCUAGCAUCUGCUCAGGACUGGUGUGAGGCGACAGUUGGACUCUUCGGUUGGUGGGAUGAUGGUCACAACAAGCGUGGCCGAGGUUUAUCGCACUCUAGGUCGGCUCACUCUAUACCAGCUGCAAAUGACGAAGACUUCUUGGAUCGAUUAGCAUUGUGUCUGCAAACUGCAACGGAGUCAGACUUCCAUUUCAAUUCGGCUGAUGCGGUAGAAGUUAGUGUUGCAUCGGCUUUCGAGGGCAAUGUCGAAGGCGUGAUUGGAUUUCUCCGCUUAUGGUCUCUCCCCAUUGCAGCAUCGGUGGCAGAAAUUGCUUCGCUUGGACGAUGGCUACCACUUCCCGAACCCCAAAACCUCAUUAGCAUGAGUGAAUUCGACAUGGAAGAAUUGGAAGUAUUGGGUAUGAAGCAGAGUAGUGGUCCAGACGAUAAGGACGGCAUCAAGGACUCAACUCUCAUUCAUUACGCCCGCGGCUUAAGAGACCGUAAACAAACAUCCGGUUCGAUCCGUGGUGCCAGGGUGACUCGAGAUGGUUGGGAAUUGGCAGUUCAAGUUAUUGGUCGGAUAGACUCACAUGAACGCUCUGAGCAAAUGGUCCAAGAACUGCUUCAAAACGUCCUGAGCACUGUUGACGAGAACUCCCGCGCCACAAUAGACAAGAUGUGGGGGCUUCUGAACGAUCUCGGUAUGAUCAACUUCGCCGAGGACACAGCAGAGACUUUCGGGGAUAUCUUGGCCAAGGACACUUUCCGCUUCGGCGAGGCCCUCCGGUAUUAUGCCUUGGCCCAUCGGCCUGGGAAAGUCCGAGAUGUGCUCAAUACGCUGAUGUCGAUUUCCCUCGUUGAAUCGACAGUUUACCCUCCGGAAGGCGACCUUGACGAUUCUCUGAGGGCGCUUCUCAGAGAACGGACAGCAACACUCGAGGAUUUCGCAAAGCAAGAUCUAGAAGCUGCAGAGCUCCUUGCCAAAAUGCUUAGUGGAUAUGCAACGCUCAGGCAGUUCUAUGAACAUCGCGAUCAUGACGGCAAUACAGCCCAUAAAAAAUCGUUAAUGCGCCGCCAGCAAGCCGCUGCCGCUCUGACAGCCGUGAUUGCGAGUGCCGAUGAUAACAUCCGAGGUGGCUUAUAUGAUGACACUCGCGAUGCCGUCGUCAGCGAGGACUUCUUACUAGCACUACUUGGUGAAAUAUCAGUUUUUGUUGGGCAAUCACCCCCGCUAAUCAAUCUUCACCAAAUUGAUACCCUUCUCAAAGCCAUUGAAGACAUUCAAACAGUCGGCAGCCGGGUUUACGACGUAGCGGACGAGUUUUUCAAACUCGUUUUAGCAUCAGGGCACGGCAAAGGCUCCACACCAGCAAACUUGUUGAGCCAGUCGACUCCAUCGUUGGGCGGGAGUUUUGUAAUGACGGGCAGUUCUAUGAUUGCUUCUCAGCUGCAUAAGUCAGUGGUGAAGAGUGGCAUGAUUAAAGGGAGUAUAAAAAGAGGUUGGGACUGGAGGUCAACUAUAUUCGCUACAAGCAGCUCCGGAGAGGUCCUCAAACAGCUGAGACUGGAUCUCUCGAAAGACUUAGCCAAUCUUUGGCUUGAGCAAGCCGAUAAUGUCAUUCUAUAAAUUCUCAUAGUAUCAGGCGGGGUAGAACAUCAAUCGGUCGGUAUCAACGGCGUUGAGCGGGGGCAGCAUACUCCAAAUCGCCU